AAGAUCUGAUUGAUGAAAGAAAAACAUUUAAAAUCAUGUCCGCCGCAUCUCUCUUAUUGGAACUGAAGCAGCAGGCUGAGAUUGCGCAAACGCCAGCAGAUUGGGCACAGGUUCUCACUUCCCUCGACCGGGAGUCGGGCUACGAUUUCUCUGACACUGGGAGACUUUUGCACACAUCCAGCGGCGCCAUUUCAUCAACGGGGAACCACAAGCUUUUCAUUCCGUUUCUGUACCUCCGCGCCCGUGCGUUACACAAACUGAACCGGGUGCGCGAGUGCACUGCGAUGCUGGAAAUCGGGUUCCGACACGACCCGGAAAACGCUUCGGGAGAGUUUUGGGAUACAGAAAAGCUGUAAUAUCGGCAAGAGCUAGUAGCAGAAAGAAAGGUUGCAAUGUUUAUUUGCAGUGUGAUGUUCCUGCUCAAGAUUUGGAUUUUGAUUCUCCUCGUCCAUGCCAACAGAAAUGCAUUCCUCGCUGCGUUCUUUUCCAGUUGUGUGCUUGCUCGCAGCUGCAAAUAUUGAAUGACCAAUUUAACAAGAACUGGCGUUCGUUCCGGUGUGAAACAUUCAUAAAAAAAUAAGGUAAUAUUGAAGAGACUACCGAUACCGAACAAGAUUGACUAAUAUACAACUUUUUUUACCGAGGGCAGAUACAAGAACCGCUUUCCACCUUUGCCAAGUGUACUACAGCUACUAGUCGGAGGUCCGAUGGUUUCUAAUUUUUGCCUGUUUCAUACGCACCCGCUCGAUCUGCAGUUAGUCUUUGGAGCGGAGAAGUUACGGAAAGAGGACUUUGUAUGGGAGUGUCAGAACAAUCGAAAUUGACAAAAUCGAAAAACUUGCGAUGCACAAAAUCGAUGUCAGUUGGAGCCUCAGGUCUCAAGUGGCGCAUGAUAAAUUUCGGGAGCGCCCAAAUCCAGACUGUCAUGCUGUUUGGGCACAGAAGACUGCUCCUGUCGUGCUACUCUGGCAGCGCAUUGCAUGCCCCUAAACAGGCUCACAAUCGGUCUCAUUUGCCUGCUCCCCAAUACAGGGGUUCAGUGUCCUACAUUUUAUGCAUCACAAAUUUUUCGACUUUCUCGAUUUCGAUCCUGACGCUCCGAUACUUUGUCGCGGCCGUGGACCUGGUGUCCCGGGUGGUGCGGCACCCGCACGGGCGCGCGGAAAAGAAGGCCUGGGUCGUGCUGUGCCGCGCGCUGUUCGCGCUGGAGCGGCAGCAGCAGACCAUCGGGAUUGCGUACGG